GCCCAGACACGGCGUCCUCGGGUUUCGGCUUCAGCACGGGAUGGGCUUGAAGGUUCUCUGAGUGUUCUCCGUCAGCACAAGGUCGUAUCGGCACAGCUGGGGUCUGUGUGAAAACACGGGCCAAAAGUGAAAAAAGGCUUUUUUUCCCCUGUCAUCCUCCAGUUGAGUCUCGCCGUGUGCUGGGGGCAUAUGUAAAAUAACUCGUGUUCUCAGGAGAACUAGCUCCGAAUCCACCUAAAGUGAGUGAGGUGCUCUUUAAGCCUUACCAAGGCCAGGGAUACCUUGAGCUUUUUUCUCUUCUGUUCUACGUGAUCUUUUGCUUGUGAGAAAAACAGAAUGCGAAAAGCCCCAGCAAACAGGCACUGCCUGCAGAUCCAUGGUUCCCAUUAAACCAGUCCACACCUCUGUGUCCACCAAAAAAGGUGGUCCUUCCAGCUCACCUGCCUGGUCCUGCUGCUUUGCUGCUCCCAGCAUGAGGAAUUCUGCUGCUGCUCUGAGCUGGGACCAGGCAUUGAUCUGGCCUGGAGCUAGUCCAGCCAAAAACCAGAGGAAAUACUUAAGCUUUCACUGGGAAAACAUGAGCAUUAGCCCUGGAAGAGGGGAGGAGGGAGGGAAGGGCAUCCCUCCCCUGGCAGUGACUGAUUACUUAAUGUGUUAAAAGUCCUGAAUAUUUUUGCUUCACCCUCCUCGCUCUGUGAUAUGCAGCCCUUGUUUUAACCCAAACUUAAAGCAUGGCCUGGCUUGAUGUCCACAUGGUGGUUUUGCACACAAAGUCAGCCUAAGAGAUUCUGUGCUUGCUGAGCUCAGGCAGAGAUUCCAUCCUCCAAAGGUGCCCUAGGAAUCAGGGAAGCUUAGGGGUAGGACUGCAGAACAGACAGAAGCUAAAGAGGUGACUGAAGCAGCUGGAGAAAUAUCACCAGCAGUGCUCUGGGAGGUACCUCAUGGUGUUGUGGGCAGCAGUCAGGGCUUUGGGCAGAGUGGCCAGCAGCUCCCAGUCGCUGGAAUUCCAGGAGUAAAAUAAUCUCCCUGCUUGACUGCCCAUAGAGAUUGACUGGGAUAUAAAAUGUGCAUUUGGGGCUGGGCAUCUCUGCUUCCCUGACAGCUGCAUUUCCCUUCAGCCCGGAGUUCAGGCCUGGGCAGCUUCUCAAAGGUCAUUUUCCUGACCAAAGGUCAAGAUGUCAGACCACAUCAGAGUCACGUCACCAGUGGCGUGUUUUCAGUACGAUAAGACAGCCUCUGUGUUCAAGUAGGUAUUCAGCUGUGGGAUUCUAUUCCCAUGAUAUGUGUAUGAGAAUUAUUAAAUGUGAAAUCAAAUCUAAUUCUUCUGCACAAACUCAGCCAGGCCAGCAGUCUGGGAGAUUCGUUUGCUUCUGUCCAGUCUACAACAAUAGAAAUGGUUUGUUUGUAGAGCUCUGCUCACCUUUCUGGGUUCGUGAGUGACUGGAACCUCAUUUGGAGAAUCCUGAGUUUGAAUUUUGGGCCAAUGACAGAUCCUGUGGAAAAUGUCAAGGAAAUUUUCUCUACGUUUUCAAGAUCCUGGUCGAAUCCCGUGAGCAAAGUAAUUUGGUUGUACUGCUGGAAGGUGGCAGCUUCUCUGAAGGUAAAGCAGACAGAGUGUCAGAAUCCCCAAGGGAAUAGCACCAGGUUUAAUGUAUUCAGUGUAACAUUAGUAGCAGAGCUGGGGGAGGAGGGCACAAUUAGUGAUUAGUUUCUGAUUUACAGAAGGUGGGUGUGGAUUCAGGCCCCCAGGUGUGAACCUGCUCAGCCACUUUGGCACUCAGCUCUUUGGGGUGGGAGUGGGGACACAGAGGUCUGAUAUUGUUUGUCCCAAACCAGAAUCCUCUCCGUGAUUCUGCUUUGAUCCCGAGUGGACUGAAUCCAAGUGAUGUUUGUACCUGGCUGGCUGUGCAGACCUGAACACUGAGUCACUUCGAGACAGGCAUGAAAUCUGCACUGCUCUUGGUGCAGGAGCGAUGCAGAUUGCUCCACUGCAAGCAGAUCCCAGAUAUGGCUGAGGGAAUAUGCAGUCAGAGAUACUUGGGAAAACUAGUUGAGCAGGAUUGUUUGGCUGAAGUGUGUUUAGAUCAAUCAAGAAUUUGCAUGUUCUAUAAACACCAGUCAUUAAUUUGCCUCUCUGAACAGAAUGAGUUGAUUUGGAUGUGAGAUAUUCAGGCCCAGGUUCAUCCCAGCUGUCUUGGGCACUGGGAGCUGGAGCAGAACACUCCUGGGAGGGGAUUGAAAGAGGGGGAGAUGCUUUUCCUUCUGCCUUAGUGGAAACCUAGGGGCAGCUGUGCCUCUGGCUGGGAUUGUCCACUUCAGUCCUUAAAAGGAAUGAGAAGGGCCCAAAUCACAGUGCUGGGCUGUCAGGUGGUGUGUGCUGGGGGAGGCUGUGGAAAUUCCAUAGGCAUGUGCACUGGCAGGUAUCAGCAGGGAUAUGGAGGAGGAUGUCUUGCCUCCUCCCAGCUGCAGUUGUGCCAAGUGAUUCUUUGGCAUUUACACAUUAUCAGAUCAGUAAGACUUACGGAUUAACUUUGGAUUCUGCCUUCUUCCCAGUCUCAUCAGCUAGUACGAUGCUGAACGUACCUCUCCUGGUGUCUUUGUUCCACGUGAUAAUAUCCACAAAGUAGUGAUAAACUGAGGGGAGGGAGAGAACUAGUGUGGUUAGAUCUGGCAGGCUCACUCUGCUGUUGAGCUUCUGUGUGCCCGUCUGGGAGUGGAGCUGCAGGUGGAGGAUGGACAUAACCCCUUCAAAUUUCUCUCCAAAAUCCUUUUCUCCUCCCUGCUCUCCAUCCCUCCUAGCAGAGAUUUUUUUAACAGAAACACUAAGAGGUGUCAGGAAAGCACUACAGAAAGGGUUAUCCAUGCAGGAUGGCCUCUCUGUAUGACUCUAAGCACACCCCCUUUAACACUUCGCCUUCCAGAUUGCCUUUCCUUUUCUUUUCUUUCUCCUGUCCCAUUCGGAACCCCUCCAUUUUUGUUCUCAGCAUCUGUCAUUUGUAAUCCCUAUCAUGGAGCACAAUUCUUUGAUCUGUAAGUCUGAAUUCACUUGCUGACCAGCUCUGGAGCUCAGGCCAUAAUCCCUGCCCAUGCCUUGCUAUUUUGGUGAUCACAGGGAGGAGGAGAAACCUCGGUGACACCCUUUUUUCCAUUAAUUCUCUCCCUUUCCCUGUACCUCUUGCUUUUCUCCAGGGGUAGCUUUUUCACCUGCACAGUCUCUCUUUGUCUCCCACCAUUCCCACACACCUCUUCCUUUCACAAAAGAAUGGUGUGUUGCUUUUAAACUCGGUUUGGGAACUUUUAUAUUUAAUUUGCAAGUUCUCAACCAGUUUCCUAGCACUGUAAGCAAGUUGGCUUUCACAGCACCGGGCAGGAUUGCAGAUAAGGAAUGUCAUGGCAAAGUGCAGCUGGACACAGUUCUGACCAGCAGCCACUGGCAUUGUUUCUAAAAUGCUGGCUAUGACCAAACCACCUCUGCUCAGCUGCUGCUGAAGGAGGCAAUGCAAAAAGACAAAUCGUCUCGGAAAUCUCAGUCACUUACUGCAAAAUGGCUCUUUGUCCCCUGUAUCGAAAAACAUCCUUGUCACUGGAUGGCUCUGUUGUGUUAAAUAGCUUUUCCACUCAUGGGCAUAAUAACCUGCAGGUGACAGUUUGAAAAUGAAACACAGCUACUGCACAGGUAGAUGAGCAACUAAAUGGCUGAAAAUAAGCAAGUGUUUAAGAAAUAGUGUAUUGUUUGCCAGCUGCCAGGUCUCAGUGUGACACAAGCUCGAAACAAGCUCCUGUACUCUGCAGAUUUAGGACUAAAUAUGCCUGGCUACUGUUCAGCACGUACUUCAAGGCUGAUCUUCUUCCACACCUGCUAUCCAUGGUCAAGGAGGAUUUCAUUCAGUGCAGAAUGCAAAUCAUCCCCUUGGCUUUGCCACUUCCUUUCUGGAAGUGUCAGGUGUUUUAGCAUCAACCUUCCAGAGCUGGCAGCUUGAUGCUGGGCUGUCACACCCAGGCUGGGAUGCCUCUGUGGGUCCAGAAUCCCCUUUGUUCACCCCUCUGCCAUUCCUUUUAGAGAACAGAGAGGUUUGUGGUGCUGGGAAUUUACUAGAAAAUACUGUUUUAGCAAGAACAUGCCCCUCUCUCAAACCCUGCAACUAAAGGACUUUAAUUCAUUGUUUCCAUGACUGUAGUGUAAAGAUCCCAAGUCUUGUUUUGGCUUUCCUAGUUCUGGAUCCUUUACCUGUGAAUUUUGUUCUAGAUCACAAUGUGAUGUGAUGGUACAAAGAACAGGGAGGUUUCUCAGACCUCUUUGAAGCCAAGGGGAGGCCUCAAAAACCUCAGUGGAAAUAACUUCGAUGAUUUUGCAAAGCACUGUGUUGUGUUGGUCCUUUAGUGAAACAUCACACAAGUUACAGUGAUGACAGGAAGCUCUGUGUUCAGGAUGGUCUGACAUUCCCUGGAUCCUUACCUAGGAUGGGGCAUGGCAUAGGCCAGAAGGUUUCACAGCUGGUACAUUUGCCAUUCCUGUAAUUCCUGUACGAGUCGCAGGGAUAAGCUGUGAUGUUGCAGCUCCGUGUCAGGGAGGACAGGAACAGGAAAACAGACCUCUGGUGGUCACAUUUAAAGUACUGCAAUCCUUAAUCAUACACAGGGAAGAAAUAUUUUGUUAGGAACCCUCACUCGUCAGGGAAACAGGAUUAAUGCCCACAGGACACAGCUGUGGACAGUCCCUGACCAGUCUGGACCCAGGGGAUUGCACUGGGGAGCACUGGGCUGUGGCAAAACAGCAAGUGGGCACCAGCCUCCCCCUUUGACUGCACUCAGCUCUGCCUGUGUCUGGCUUGCUUUUCUUCUUGUAUUUUUGGUUUUAAAAACAUAUUUGUUUGUAUAGCUACUGCAGUUCCAGAGGAUCCAAAUAUGAAUCCAGUUCCAUGUCAGGUGUUUUCCUCUCUGAGCUCAGGCCUGACAGCUGGAUAUUGCUUUUAGUUUUGCACAUGACCUUCCAUUUUGGUGUAAAAAAACUCUUUAGAAAGCCCAAACUAAUAAAAUGCCUUGUUGCAUGAGGAGCAAAGUGAGUGAAGCCUCAUAUCCUAGGGAUUUUUGGUUCAGGCUGUUUUCCUGUGUAGAUUCUCUCAGGUAUGAUAAGGGUUGAGUUCACAAAGCUGCCUUUUCUUCUGUGAGGUAUCUUUUUCACCCAGCUUUCAUCAAACCAGUUCAGAUGCCAGGCUGAAAGGAAAAAAAGCUUUCUUUGAUUCAAGACUAGGCCUUUACCUUCCAGACUGCAGUGUUAGUCACUGCCAAGGAAGGUGCAAGAUUUGGUCUAACUGCCUGCUCCACAUUCAUCUUGAACCCAUUUUCUGGACAGGUUCUUGCCACUGCUUUUGUGUGUUCAUAGUAAUUGAAAACAAAAAAUCCCAUGGGUUUUUUGAAUGCAGUCACAAAACAAAGGCACAAAUCUACCUGAUGGCUUUUUGCACAGAGAAUUAAUCCCACUUGCACUGUGACAGGGGCACAGAAAGGUCACCCUGACUCUCACGCACAUGAGCUAAACCUCUGUCACAUCAGUGCUGGGAAGAGGUUGCUGCUGUGGCUUUCCCAGAAUAUGGGUUUCAUGUCUUUUCUAAGCAGUGAUGAUGUUUCUCUGGCUUCCUCCUCCUUUUCUGAGGAGAAAAUGGAAACAUUUUGUCAGGGUCUGUGCAGUUCAAGGCAGGAUUAAUUACCAGAAAAUACUGUCAGUGGACAGCCCGGCUGGUCGGUCCCGCCGUUGGGGUAGAAGUCGAUGUGGCCUAGUGCUUCUCUGUAACCUAGUCCUGAUAAAAGGGAAUAAAUAUUAGGGCAGGAAUAUUAAUACCAUCCAUCUGUUUAGGGAGCAGGCCAGGCGGUUGUGACCCAGCUGGGUCAUUUUAGUGAUGGUAUCAAAUACCUAAAAUAAGCCUGUGUGUCCAACAGUGCAAAAUUUAGGUUUUUGUGUCACUGUGUGCAGGAGAAGAAAAGGGAUGUGAAACCUGGGUGUUGCUGUGGUGCUGAGUUUGACUUCUUGGAAGGGCUGGGAGAAGCAAUGAGGUGGGAAAGCCAGGUGCUAGGGGUAGGCUGCCCAUGGGAGCGGAGCGGAGGGCUGGCAUCACGUGGCUGGCCUGGCUGGUGGAUCUGGGAAAGGAUAGGGCUGAGGGAGAGUCCAGAUUCAUCCUAGAGGAAGGUUUAGCUCAGAGGAGGUGGGAUGGACACUGGAAACAUCAUGCAGGGAGCCAUGGGUUGGGGAUAACUGAUCUACUGUGCAAGGCACUGAGCUGUGGGACCGGCUUUGGAGAUGCUGUGUGCUGGGAUGCAGUCUGAGCCCGGGGUGGGAUGUUAGUGUGGAACUGCUCUGGCAGGACUGUGUGCUGCAGGAGCUCCCACACGGGGCCCAGGUCCUUGUAAUUCAUGGGCCACCAGGCUGUAACUGCUAUAAUCCAGCAGCAGGUUUUGAAGUGUAAAGAAACCAGCAGCUCCCGAGGGAGUGCUGAGAACAGUGUGGGCAACAGAGCACCCCAGAGUCCUUCCCAGCACCAGUGAAGGAUUCUGCUGUCCUGGGCCAAAGGAGCAAAGGUCCUGGCACUGCUGCCCACCACACCACUGCUUUCCCAUGCUCCAUCAGUCCCUGGGUUUCCUCGUGGAGCUGCAGAGCUGGAAUGUCACGUACCGUCGGUGUCGGAAUGAAUGACGUCGACAAACUGUGCGUCGGUGGGGUCCAGCCUCUCACUGGGGGGGGUUCCCCGGUACAAGGGCCCCGCUGGGUCCAGGCCUGCAACACAAAGCCACGUGGAUGGCACUGCCUCGUGCUGUGCUGGCCUUGAGGCCAAAGGACUGACGGGGGAAGGCUCACCCGUGAUUCUUCCAAGUGCGCCACCAAACAUCUGUCCCACAAAGCCGGAGAUGUGUGCUCCCAGGCUCACUCCUAUCAUGUGCAUGGAGUCAAGGGAUGCUCCAUGAAUCUGAGAUUUAAAAGUACUCAUGGUCACAGAUUUGAGGCACAGGAAAGGCAUAAAAAAUAUCAGGAGGAGGAAUGUAAAGGCAUCUCGCUGUUUUCCCCACUUUUUCUCUUGGUGUGUUCCACUCUGUGUAAAUAUUCCCUCUUUGAUAGUCCCACAGUGCAGCCAGCAUCCCUCUUUGAGGCCCAUACCUGAUGAACACAAUUCAGGCAGUGGCUGUAUUUUCCUGGGGCACUGGAGACAGAAACUAUUCAUGGGCCCCAGGAGUAAAAUUCCAGUUGGCCCACAUGUGGUUUCUGCAAGGAAUUAGCAGACACUAUGAUCUUAAUGAUCCAGUGUCUUCAUUGCUUGUGCAACAGCUUAGGGGAACUGUGAACUGUAGCUGGUCCCCUUAAAUUGAUUUUUGGACGUACAGAAAGUGGAAGUAAAGUUUCUGUGUGUAGGAAAACAUGUCUGUAGAGUUUUGUACCCAGAAAUGGAGAGACAGAGUGUAAACUGAAUAUUGCGACAAAAUACCAUCGUACCAAGUCCAAGGGUACAACUUGGCACUGCAGGAUAGCUGCAAAAAUUAAUGUAUUCCUUUUAGGAGUUUCUAUUCCCAGACAUCCUGCUGGUUUUAAACACUUCCUUUGUGCCCUUUACAUACUGUGCCUUAAUGACUAUAUCAUAGUGUGAACGUCCAACUUACCAGCAUUUCAUCAAUAAGUUUCUUCAGAAUCUCAGCAACUCUUUUGCACUUUCUGGAAGCAUUAUUGUAGAUGAGGGUUGUUGCCCCCUGAUUCCAGUCCACGAGGAUGAUGUUCAUGUCCUCUGCAGAAAGCAGGAGAUGCAGCAGGUCGGGGAUCCAGACGGGGGCAGAGCCUGUGAACCGGUACCCGUGGACGAUGAAGGUGGUUUUCUUGGUCACAUUGAGGUACUCGGAGGUUGUUGAGUGGAGCUCCUCGGCACAGGUUGGGUUCUGCCUGGUGUAGAGCAGCAGCUUCACUUUCAGCUCUGUCCCUAUCAAAGCGCUCCAGAAGCCGAGGGCUGUGAAUGCAGGACAUGUCUCCCCAGGAUCUGAAAAGAGCACAGAGUGGCAAAUGGAGUGUAGCCCCAGUGCAUUUGCUUCCACCUGCCAGCCCUGCACAGGGGCAGGGACGUGUGUUGUGACAUGUCUGAGCCAGGGCUGCUUCUCUCCUGUCUCCUCUCCUCAUGUUCAUGACUGCGGUUACCUUGGAAUGUAGGUUUUCUUGCCAUGUUGGAACAACGACAGCAAGUGCACCUUCUUGGAUCAGCAUUCCCUGAAACAAGGCAGUCCUGCUUCCACAGGCAGCUGGGAGAUGGCAUGGCCUCUCUCCAAAAAUCCCAGUAGUGUGAGGAAGUGACUGACAAGCGGGAUGGUUGCUGUGCUGGUUUGGGAGCACGCCCAGGUGCUCUGGACAGGCCCGAGGGUAAAUGGGUGUCCUCGGGGCUGGUUUGUACCUCCAGCCUGGAGCUGCCCAGCCGCAGAGGAUUUCCCGUGUGAGGGGCAGCUCAGUGCUUCAUUUGUGUGUGCAGAUGCACCCUGCUAUUCCUGACUGCAAAAUGGGCACCCUUGGGCUGCGUGGGAUGUCACGGAUGGUGCUGUGUACACAGCUGAAGAGUAACUGAAUUGGGUGUAAGUGCUGCUCCAUGGGAUGGUCUGUGCCUUUGGAAAGCCUGUCUUUGUGCCCUGCUUUUCCAGCAGGGCACCAACCGAGCCUUUAUUUCCCAGUACAACCUCCAACAGGGCACUGACAGGGAAUGGAACAACUGUCUCCAGACAGACGCUGCUUACGAAGUUUAGUAGCCUCUUCCUGGCUCACAGUCCUUUCCCCCAAAUCCUUUUAAUCUUAUUGAAGAACCUUGUGGGGGAGAGUGUCCCUCUCACACAUAUACCCUGGGCUGCAGCAAUUUUUCAGGCUGCAAUUCCUAGAGGAAUCUUCCUGAUCUUUGUUGCUUAAAAGGCUGUGCAGUGGGUAGAAGAGUUUAGAAAACCUGCAGCUGUAACCUAAUUGUGCUCUAAUAAAUCUUCAAUGCUCUGUGCAUUUUAACUUCUAUAUGAUGAAACUCUCACAGUUUCUAUGAGCCACUUUCCCUUCUCUCCUCCUUUGGAAAGCAGGAGCAUGAGAGUGAUAUAAAUACUAUGUGCCCAGCACAUAAAACAAUCUGCUCAGUUGCCAUAGUUCUGCUAAUUACUCUGUAGAAGCCCCAGGAGCUCCAGAAAUAAAAGUUAAUAGGCUAAAAGGAUGUUGCAGUUAAAUCCAACUGAAUAUUUUAAAUUGCUACCAUAAAUUUUAACAUCUGAAAUCCAUGGAGUCCUUACUGUAUAAAGCCUAUGGUACCAUAUGAACAGUGGGACAGGAGUGGUGGGAAAUGAGCCCUCAGCCAGGCCCACUGAACGUGGGUUGAAACCAGGAGCCUUUGAAUGGGGGGGUGUUCUGGCUCCUUAAUGCUUCCCCCAGGGCUCCCAGGGGCAGGGUGGCUCUGGGCCCUACUCCCAAGAGGAAAGGUCACCUGGUGGCUGUCUCCUGGCCAGCCAUUCUUACAGUGCCAAGGAGCUCCAGUGAAAGAGCAGCAGGAGUUCUCCUGUGGCACUGCUGUUGUGGAGAUCUCAGAGGAAUGGCAGAGAAAAGCUCACAUUUCUGCUGAUCUAUGCCAGCUCACACAGUGAGACUCAGCAACUGUCCUCUAGGUGCUACUGCAGCAUAAAAAAAUACAACUAUCUUGGUUUUACUAAUAACUAGGCAUUGUUUUAGUUAUUGUAUAGCAGUAUUAUAUGGUGUUGUUAAUCAUCUUUACUGCCACUGAAGCUGUAGUAAUAGAGGCAGAAAUGCCAGGCAAGAAUUACUUCUAUAUGGUGCAAGAUUGCACUGAUUGCUUAAUUUGUGUCUGUAUCUCCUGCCCUGUGCUGAGACUUGCCUAGAGGAGCAGUGUGUUUGUCAUCAGAAUAGCCUAAACCUCCUGGUACAGAGGAGCUUUCAAAGAGCUGGUCAGCAUUUGCUGAUACCUGACACGAAUUGAUUCUGGUUUGAUUAUUAAAAUCAGAUCAGGAUUAUAAUAUAUAAUAUUAUUACAGGGGGGAGAAAACCUGCUGGCUUCUCUUCUGGCAGGAUGGUGGCCAUCUCAGCCUCAUCCUGACACAUCAGGAUGGCCAGUUAUCCUGACUUUGCUCUUCCUUCCAAUGAGCACAGUGACUCCUACCCAAAUGGCUGGAAGUGUCUUUGAAACUCCCAGAUGAUUGGGGUGUGGUGAAAGCAGGAAGUUACCAGCCAAGAAAUGAAGACCAGUCUUUAGUUAUACAACUGAAGCUUCUUCUUAAAAAGGUGGGGCACUUUCUAUUCUAACAGGUUUCCUUAAUUUAGACAUAGUUUGUCCUGGGAGAUGACUAAUCAAAGACACAAAUGGGUUGGUAUCACUGCUGUAAGCAGCAAUUUGACUACACUGUGUUGAAACUAAGGACAUUAUUGCCUGUUUGUCUUUUGCAAAGAAUGUCAAGAGGAUCGUAGGUGUCACUGCAAGUCUGAUAAGCAUCUGGGCAGGGCCAGUGCUUGGUUUCCCAGGGCCCUGCCUUUGGAAAGUUCAUGAUGAUCCCUAAUCUCCCAUGUUCCUCCUGCUCUCUAGAGUCCCUUCUAACCCACAGAGCCCUGUCCCCUCAGGCAGGAGGCAGGUGCACGGCACUGUGUGUGACAAAGGGAAGGUACUUGGGGCAGUCUGGCUCUCCACUAUCUGCUCCCAAGCAUCUGCUGCCUUGGAUGACACUCAUACAACUGGCAUUCCCACCACAUUUUCUCGAAGACCUGCUGGAACAUCAUGAAUUCAAGUAAGAAAGGCUUUUUCUUUCCUUGACAGAUGGGAGGAAGAAGAUAGCUAAGCAAAGACAACUGCCAGGGGCAGGAAAGGAAGUCUGACAUUGAAGCUGGAAGAUAUAGUGGCAAAAUUGGGAAGAAAAGGGUGGUUGGGAGCUUGAAAAGGGGUGAGAGAAGAGGGGAAGAGAGAGCAGGGAUGGCUGCUGGAUAGAAACUGGGUGGUAGCUUUGCCUGACGUUUUCUUAGCAAAUUCUUCUAACUGUAGGCGAGGGAAAGGGAACCUGGGGAGGAUCAGAACUCCCUCAUUAAGCACAGGCUCUGCUUUUUCCUCCCGGUGAUGAUCCAACGAGGAGCUGAGCUAUUACAGCUCCCAGCUGCAUAGCUGGUUCUUUGGUCCAUGCUGUGCAAACUAAGCUUUUUGACAUUGCUAAUUCUUGGGUUAAUCCUUAACUCUUCCUGCUGCCUGUCUGCAGCUCCUUCCUGUUCAGACAAGUGUGUGCUGCUUGUCUGGUGCAGGCACGGAUCACCCAGGCAAAAGCUGGGGUUUGUUAUUUUGGAGAGGAUAAACAUUGAGAAAAGGCACUCAAAAACUUCUGUGGAGUCUGGAAGUCCAGGACAGUGCUUUUUCUGCUGCACUGGCAAAAGAAUAUAAUUUAAACAUUGUUUUCCUUCCAGUUCCUUUCUCACCCCCACCAGUAAUCCUAAACUCUGUCAAAAUAUUUUCUCCUUAGCAAGAAGUUCUGCCAAUGGUGAGACAGAAUCAGUCCAACAGUGAAACACGAAGAUGAACAGAAGGCUUUUACCUGUUGCAAAGGACAUCUGUGAAUCAGAGAUAAAAUGGGAUAAAUCAAGAGGGCCUUGCCUUUCUUCUCAGCACAAAAAGAGGACCCUGGGGCCUUGCUAUACACUCAGACUGCACACACAGCGAAGGAGAAUAUAUAGCAAAUGCAAAGUGAGAAAUCCUUCCUCUCUACGUGCUGGACUCAGGUGUGGCUGUGCUGGACCAACAGUAGAAGUCAGAACUCCCUUCUAUUAUUUGUUCUCUGUGUUGCUGUACUGCUGCAGUCACACUGAGCGAGUGCUAUUCUGCCAGAUACCAUUUGGGCAGGAAUUCUGAGUUCUAGAUCUCUGGAAAUCCCAGCAUGAGCUAACUAAAACGUUUCUGUUUUGAAAACAGUGUACGAUUCGAGCCCAUUUGAGUUCCCAGGAAUCUCUCAAGUGGGCACUGGAGCAAAUGCUCAGGACAGGCUCAAAGAGCACUUCACAGCCAUUCUGUUUGUUCCUGUACAGUGCUCCUGAGUAAGUCUCCUGUGAAUUCGUGCUACUUUUCCCAUGUGAUCAGAGGCAAUCUCAUCUCUGGGAAUCUUUAUAUCCACAGCCAGGCCUUUCUUUCUAUUAUUAGUUGGUGAGGCUUCCUGCUCUGGGGCUGCCAUCUGUAUGUGACUGUAAGUAGCCCAAGAGGUGGCUGUAAGGGAAGAAACAGUAAUGUUUGGACUCAAGGUAAAGGCAAAUGUCAGUAAGGAACCAGUUUAUAAUACUCAGCCUGCCUUAUAAAUGUUAUCCCAAGCAAUAGGGGGUUUGGGCUCUUUUAUCUGACAAUUACAGUUCUGCAAGAUCCCUCCCUCAAACCCAGCUCUUGGCAGAAAAACGUGUGUGCUGUAUAUAUGGAUUUUGGGGUUGUGCAGCUGCUCCUUGUCCUCUCUGAAAAGCCAGUGGUGGAAAGGCUAAAGCUUGAGCCAUGUCAGAAUUUGGAAAUGUGUCUAUGCUGAAGGAGACCAACACCCCAUGAUCCCCACAACUGCCUUGUCAGUGCUAGCCAGGGUAAAGCUUGUGCACCAGAGAGAACAAGGAAAGGGAAAAUCCUCAGCUACCUCUUGCUUCCCUGGAAGUUUCAAAGUAGCUAAGCGAAGGUUUCAGAGCGGGAGAUCUGAAGCUUCAACUCUGGGCUUUGUGGGAUCAGCAGUAGCUUUUCCCCCGCUGCCCCUCUCCCACCCUGCAGCUGUGCCCUGGAUGAAAGGACAGCUGCCAUGCCUUGGACAUGGCACUGCAGGUGCCAGUGCAUUCACUGCUGUCCUUGAACUGCCAACAGCAAUGCUGGAUCUGGAAAAGACUGACUGGAAACAGGUACGAAAAUUUUUCAGCUUCUUUUAAUGGAAUUUCGGGAAGUGGAAAUAAAGUGUAACCAAGACUGCAGCUGUCAGCGUGAGACUGAUCAUCUCUGUUCUCCAAACCAGAACUUCUCCCUGAUGCCAAACCCAAAACGAUGUGAAGGGGAGGGCACUCCAGUUCUGAGAAGAUUCAAUAACUGGUCAGGGGAAGGGGGACAGAAACAUCCAAGUCCUCAUGCACACAGGAGUGACUGGCAUAUAUGGCAAGGAAAGAGUCAGAUCCAUCCCAGGAGCCCUUUGUACAAAUCAGCUGCACCACAAGCAAUACCCUGUGCUGUUUCUUGGAAGGGGCUGAGAUAAACACAGCAGCCUUAACUCAGAUUGAUAAGCAGCAAUUCACCUACCAGAGGGAUAGCCACGUCCUCGUAGGGCAAUUUAUCUUCCCUCCACGCGUCAUCGAUCAAAUCCAGGAUCCUGCCAUCCCUCUGCACCUCGCUGUCCAUCCUCACAGCAGGUGAGUGCAGCUAAACCUGUGACACAAAGCAGAUGCUGUUCCCAACAACAUCCCCAGCCAAGGAGCUGCAGUUCGGACUCUGGGCUUGCUCUAGUUUGGAUCUAAUUCCUGUUAAGAUUAAACUUGAUUUUCCUAAUCCACUCAAAAAGGGGUUAUAACCACAGAAGAACUACUUCACCUGAAAAGAACAUUAUUAAAGUGAUUUGCAGAUUGAUAUGCAUCAGAGACGAAUAUAUAAAACCAGCAGGUUUUUAUUAAUGAUAUUUACAUGUGUUUAUAUCUACUGACUGGCUUUUAGAAGCCUACUUUGAGUGAGUUUGAGCACCCCUGUAACUCUGCCAAGAGCCCUUUGCUGCCCUGAGCAGUGCUGUGCCUCACCCAGGGCUUCACGAGUCUGCGAGAGUCACAACAAAGGAUUUCACGGCACCCAGAAUCCUGCCCGAACCUGAAGUCCAGGAAACUGGUGAAACAGAAGAAAAACAAGACUUAUCUUUCACCCCCGGCUACAAGAAUCCCUCCGGGGUGUCUCACUGUACUCUGCCCUCCCUGAAGUGUCACGUCAGGGACUCGCCCCGGUGUGACCCUGCGGCUCGAUCGUGCCGGGAUAGGUGACUACAGUUGGGUGGAGAAGCAGCCUUGUUCGUGCAUUGCCAUGGGUGACCACUGCUUUCCUGUACUCCCCUAGCUGCUGAAGCAACCAGGAUUUGGUGAUGGAGGCUUUGCUGGAAGGAAUGCAGAGAAAUGAGCAGGGGAGCGGCGGGUUCCUGACCUCCUGCGAGGCCGAGCUGCAGGAGCUGAUGAAGCAGAUCGACAUCAUGGUGGCUCACAAGAAAUCUGAGUGGGAAGGGCAGACACAGGCUUUGGAAGCUUGCCUGAGUGCUCGGGAGAAAGAGCUUUCCUCUGCCAGGGCUGCUCUGCAGGAAAAACAGAAGGAGGUUGGCCUUUUGCGGCGCCGGGUCGAAGAGGUGGAAAAAUCCAAGCAGGACAUGGCUAGAGAGUAUGAACAACAGCUGAAGACGUUCCAAGAGGAGUUGUCCCGGCUGAGGAGGAGCUAUGAGAAGCUGCAGAAGAAAAAAGCAAGAGGAGGCAGAGGAGAUGCUAACAAGGGACAAGAAGGAGAUGAGUUUGAAUUGAGCAGACUGACCAGGAAGCUGGAGGAGUUCCGACAGAAAUCGCUCGAGUGGGAGAAGCAGCGCCUGCGGUACCAGCAGCAGGUGGCAUCGCUGGAGGCUCAGCGCAAGGCUCUGGCAGAGCACUCCGAGCUCGUGCAGACCCAGCUUGCCAAUCGGAAGCAGAUCCUGGACUCGGUGGAGCUGGCCAGCCGCUCGGAAAUCCAGCACUUAACCAGCAAGCUGGAGAGGGCCAAUGACACCAUCAGUGCCAACGAGCUGGAGGUGGAGAGGCUGAACAUGAGAGUGGAUGACCUGAGCGAGAACAACCACCAGAUUCUGGCAGAUCAGCAGAGAGUGCAAGAGGAAUUAAGGCAGUCCAAGAAAAUGGUAGAGGUGCUGCAGGAUGAGAAGAGGGAACUGAAAGCCACCUUGCAGUCUCAAGAGGAUUUCAUUGACAGCUCCAAGCUGCAGCAGGAACAGUUACAGAAAGAGCUGGCCAGGAUGACUGAAACUCUUCACACAAAGGAAUUCCUCAUCAGGGCCCUGGAGGAACGCUUGCAAGGGAAGCAGUUGUCCUCUCCAGAGCUGGAGCACGUGCUGCUGCAGCUGGAUGCUGCCCAAAAGAAGGAACAGCACUUGCAGUCGGAGGUGACUCGUCUGGAGAACAGCCUGGUGUCUUCAAAUGCCAGGUGUGUGCAGCUGAGGGAGGAGCUGGGUGAGAAUAUCAAAGAGCUGCAGUCCAUGGUAGACCACCAGACUGAGUCAAAGGCAGAGAUUAAAAAGCUGAAAGAGCAGCUCUCUCACGCUGAACAAACACACAGCAGUGAGCUGGAAGGGAUGAAAAGGGAGAUCUCCAGGCUGACACAGGAGCUGCACCAGCGGGACAUCACCAUUGCAUCGGCAAGUGACUCCACGUCAGACCUGGAACAGCAGCUGAGGGCGGAGGUUGAAAGAGCAGAGAGGAAAGCAGCGGAGCACAGGGUAGUUCUGGUCCAGCUGGAAACCUUGAGGUUGGAAAACCGUCAUCUCUCAGAGAAGCUGGAAAAAACCAAGUGUGGUGUGCUGGAGGGAAAAGAUGUGACCCUGAGAGCCCUCAGGGAAGACUGUGCUGUCGAGCUGCACAAGCUGAAGUCCGAGAACCAGCAGCUGCGGAAGGACCUCGCGGAGACCAGGGCGAAGCUGGAGGUCAGUGCGUGGCUCUGCCCGGAUGAACCUCAGGGCACUGCCCAGCAGGAGCCAGGCAAAGAGCCCCAGGCCAGGGCUGUGCAGCACAGGACAGCUCGGGAAGCACAGCACAUGCAAGAUGAACAAGCAGCCAGGAUACAUCUCCAGCCUGAUGGGACUGCUCAGCAUCAUCGUGGGGAGCCCCAGAAAUGUGGGGCUGCUGAAACGGGACCUGUGCCCCCCGAGAUGGGUGAGCCACCCUCCCAGACCAGCAGGAAGAACUGCCAGGAGUCACCUGCCCUGCUGGGAGCAGAGCCUUUGCUCCAUGUGGUGGAUGGGAACAAAGAUUUUGCAGAUGAAGCAUCUAAGCAGCCUGUCUCGAAUCAUCAGAGAGAAUCUGUGCCUUUGUGCCCCUUGCCUACAGCUUCUGUUGGAUCAAUAGCUGCAAGAUACCUGGAAGAGGAAGAAGUGAGAUCCCAGCACAUCCUGGAAUGUCUGAACGCUCACAUUGAGGAACUGAAAAAAGAGAGUGCAAAGAUUGUGAGACGGUUUGAACACCAGGAGUGAUGUUUCUUGUGGAAUCGGAAUGCUGGAAUAUGUGGUUCCAGACUGUGACUGGGGUGGUGCCUAUAAAUCACUUGCCAUCAGAAUUUGAGAGGCUGUGUCUCCCACUUGGAGCUGAAUCAGCAGGAUGGGAGCUGAGGGAAAGGAACUCCUCUCUAACAUGUUUGUUCUGAUGAAAGGUGUUACACCACAAACAUUUUAGUCAGCUUGGUAGGUCAGAGACCUGCAUCAGAGCUCACAAAGACUUUGGUGUUUUUAAGAAGCAAACCACUUGCUAAUUUUUAUGUAAAGUAUUUAAAGUAUAUUUUAUACAUGUAAAAGCACUGAAAUAAACCAGAAUGACAAACA